AUGGCCCUUCCUCCUGUUGAUUUCGACAUACCCGAGUUUUUAUCACGCAUUCAUGGCAACAAACCACCAUAUUCGUGUCCGGCUGAUACUUGCAACCGGAGGUCAUUUAAAUCCUUUAAAGCUAUUCAACAGCAUAUGGAGUGUCAUCGGGCACCAGAUCCUGUGGAUAUAUCAACGACUCUUAUCGAGUCAUAUGCGACCAGCCCUAGAUCCGGUUUAAAAUCCGAUUGGAGCCAGAAUAAAUUUCCUCCCAUGCGCUUUCUGGACACGCAGAAGCUAAUCGUCUUUAAUUUAUCAUCUGGAAAUCUCCCAAGUGUUCGUUGUAGCAUUAAUGUACCACUCCACCUCUCCUUCAAAGUGUCUCUCGAUGGAGCUCCAAGUCUAAACAACUUGGAAACACCAAAUUCAAACCGCGAUGUAGUCAAAGUCAAUCAAUCUCAACUGGCGGUCAAUGUUCCCGUCCCACAAUUUGAAGUGGAUUCAAACUUCGUGUAUCAGCGCAAGCCUCCAGUGUGGAAAAAGGGUUGUGCAUACCUGAGAUUUGUGGAACGGUCCUCCGAGGAGUUGGACGAAAUCGUAGAGUAUGAUCUUGAUGAAGAAGACCUUUUCUGGUUAGAAAAAAUAAAUACAGAUCGCGCCUCCAAGGGCAUGGAGCCCAUAGAACAGUCAAAACUCGAAUGGGUGCUAGAUCGUUUUGAAAAAAAUUCCCAAUUUCGGCCAGCUGCCGAGAACAGCCCAAAUGUUUCCACUUCUGUCAUAUUAAACAACACUGAUGAGGAGGAUGCCGUGUGCGCCGUUUGCCAGGAUGGGAAUUGUGAGAAUAUCAAUGCUAUUCUCUUCUGCGAUGUUUGUAACCUCGCCGUGCAUCAGGAUUGCUAUGGCGUUCCAUACAUACCAGAGGGUUCCUGGCUGUGUCGUAAGUGUCUGCAUUCGCCCAGUGAACCGAUCUCAUGCUGCCUCUGUCCUAACACUGGGGGCGCCUUUAAAAAGACCUCUGAUGAUCGCUGGGCUCACGUUAUCUGCGGUCUCUGGAUUCCCGAAGUCAUGUUUGCCAAUCUGACCUUUCUGGAGCCCCUAGAGAAUAUUGACAAAAUUUCCCCUGCAAGGUGGACUCUGCGGUGCUUCAUUUGUAAACAGCGAAAUGUGGGCGCCUGCAUUCAGUGUCAUAAGCAAAGUUGUUACCGGGCUUUUCAUGUCACCUGUGCACAACAGGCUGGCUUGUACAUGAAGAUCGAGCAGAGCGACGAUCCUAACGACUCGGGCAUUCGGAAGCGCGCUUAUUGCGAUCGCCACUGUCCUCCCUCUCAUUUCAAGGCCAACGCUCACAGUGGAAUGUACGCACACUCAGACGACGAAAGGGUGUCCUCGGACGCCGAUGAGGAGACGGUGAAGCGGACGACUAUCAAGAACGCUCGAAAGGUCCUUGCUGAACGUCGCAACUCCAAGCCUUUCGUGUGUGUGCCUAUGGUGGCCAAGUCGAAGAGUGAUCUCAUUUACUCCGAGCUCGCUGGGGUGAAUAGUGGCAAAGAGGAGUUUUUCCAACGCGUCUAUGCCUUCUGGAAGCUAAAACGCGAAGUUCGACGCGGUGUGCCUUUACUUAAACGGCUCCAAGCAGCUACCAGAAUCCGCGGUCCCGCAUCACUUAGCGAGGCGGCAGCAGCAGCAGCAGCAGCCGGAGACGAGGAGAUGGAGAAGAUGCGUAACCACUUGUUCUUCUUCCAACGCCUCAGACAAGACCUCGAACGGGCUCGCUUGCUCUCCGAAUUGAUACGCAAGCGGGAGCGCGUUAAACUGGAGCUCGUCUCCAACUAUCGCGCUCAACUUGAGUGCAGGAUCCUCCCAACUUUCCGAAUGCUCAAAAGACUCAUUGACGAACUCCAGGCUAAGGACACAAGAAACUUCUUCGCGGCUCCCGUAUCAACGGACAUUGCGCCGGAUUACUAUUCAGUGAUAAAGAAGCCGAUGGAUUUUGAGACUAUGCGAAACAAGUGCUCCGACCAUGAGUACCUUCAGGUGUCAGAAGUACAGGAGGACUUUAAUCUCAUUGUUAAAAACUGCUGUGAAUACAAUGGUCGCGACACGGUCUACUACAAGGCUGCAGUAGCCAUGGCAGAGCAGGAGGCUUUGGAGAAUGAGCACUUUGAAAUAUUUGAUUGGGAUGGUGAGAAUUCAUCCACCUCCGCAGUCUCAGUGACGGAUCUCGUCAAGGCUCCCAACAGUGUGGGGGCCAAUUCGGGAGGUCUUUUAGCUCCCAUUCCACUUGAAAACAAUGAUCGCGACAAUCAUAUCUUUGAAGAAAAGUCGGAGUCGAAGAAAUCGUUCACAGUGACACGUGGUCGUCUGCGAUCUCAUGAUACCAUGGAAACUGCUCCAGUUUUUGCGGAACCACCAUUGAAAAGAGGACACCUGAGGGAAUUCAUGAGCCCUAGUGUUGCUCCCCCACAGAGUCAGCGUCUGCGUCGACCUUGCUUCCCACAGCCUUUGACCCUCAUUACAGAAAAAACCGCAGGUGAAGCGCUAGCAGGUAUGACAGCGACAUUUUCGGCACCGGAGAUGCUCCUUAAUCAAGACAACACUGCGAAGACCACUGCCCUGCGCUUGCCUCACUCACCCGACCGAACUCGACCCGCUUUCACCAUCUACCGCUCACGAUUGGCCACGAAGGAAGAAGACGAAGAUGAAAGUGAUGAUGAUUCGGAGGAAGAAACAGAAGAUUCAGAGGACACUCAAGACACUGUGGCAGCAGCAGCAGCAGCGGCAACUCCUACUUCCGUCAAUUGUACCACGCUAACGAAAAUCACAACAGGUACUGCCGAUUGUGUGACUGACGGCGGACGCUCACUCCGAAACCGUUGCAUUGACAAAUCUGCCGUCAAUACAGGUAGACCCGCCAUUUUAAAGAAAUCGCCUCCACGGAAAACCAUUGCUCUCAAAUCGCCGACUACAAAGGCAAAAGAUCGAAGCGUUCAGAGACAAACUUGGACUCUUUCCCAGCUAUUGUCGCUCAAGAACUCGGGUCAGUCCGCAAUCAGAAAGCAGAAGCUAUUGAAAAAGGGACGACAACGAGGAAGUAAGGUAAAGACGGAAGUACGACGUGUAGGCGCAGAAUCCGCCACUCUGACGAUUCAGUCCUUACCACGGCCAAAUUUAUUCUUGAAUGAUCGGAAUUUUGAGCAUCUGGAUCUGGUCUGGGCGAAGUGUCGGGGGUCCCCUUGGUACCCAGCCAUGGUAAUCGACCCAGCUGCAUCGACCAAGGAAUACAAUCAAAACGGAGUACCUAUCCCAAUUCCGCCUGAAUCCGUUCUCAAUGUCGGGUCGAAUGCUGCACCGCCUUUUCAGACAGGCACGCCACGCGGUACGGAUUCAGCGGUAAGUCCAAACUCCAACACCACGUCGCCCUCCUCGGUCCCGACAAGCACUACCACUCCACCUCCAGCGAGUCCUACCUUCCUUGUUCUGUUUUUCGACGGAAAACGGACCUGGCAGUGGCUGCCACGAGAAAAGCUACUCCCUCUGGCAACUAGCACAGCUAUCGACGAGGAAAAACUACACGAGGCCAAGCGGAGCAAACUGAAACAAUCGGUGGUGAAAGCCUAUGGACGAGCGAUAGAGCACUACUGUAAAGUCAACGGGCGCCCCUACCCGUUCAGCGAUGAAAACGUAGAUGAAGUUGCAGCCUUUCUAAGAUAA